UUCUUACAGAGUGUCACAUAUCUAGGAUAAUCCAUUGCUUAUUCAUUUUUUUGAUUUAACUCUAAGAUGUAAAUAUUGUGUUUUGUCUGUUCCUGGAGGCUGUUGCCAUAGCGAUAACCAAAAUAUAUAUUUUUUUACUAGUUUCCUGUAUCCAUGGUGACGGGGAGUUUUGUCCAAUCGACUGUUGUUACUGUGUGGUGGGGAAAUGCAGUGUUUCCUGCUUUUCAAAAGGGCUUCCUCCCAUUCGUACAGGGUGGAAUUCUUUGUUUGUGUCCUGGAAAGCUACAGAGUGUUCGUACGGUCUUAUGGAGUAUCUUUGGCCAGAACCUUAAAGAAGAAUUUGAGACAAGAUGAAGCCUUUUCAAGCAAACUGCUUUGACGCUCAGUGCUGCCUCCAUCCGUCACUACCAACAGUCCUUGAGUAACAGACAUUUCACCACCCCUCUGGUGACUGAACCAGGGAACCAUGCUGAGGCCACAGGUUACCGGUGGCACCCCGCUACAGAUCCCACCACAGCCUGUACCCAAGAACAGGCACCCCAUCCUCCUGUACUCCAUCCAACCCUUACUGAGGGAGACAGUUAUCAGUAAGGAAGGCCACCCCCAUCCCCAGCCUGACUCCCCCCAAACCUGUGGCACUCAAGGCCCAGGCCAGAGCUGCUGGAGCCUGGAUGUGAGAGUGGCUGUGCUGCUUGUGAUCGUGGCUGGAGCUCUGAUACUGAUCCUGCUCUACAGACUCCUCCAGCUGAGGCACAGACUGAGGCUGGCCCAGGCUCAACAUUCCCUGGAGUACUACAGUUUCUACCACACCGCCACCUACACCCUCAAGGACCCCCGGCUGCCCCAGAUAUUGCCCACAAAUGGAGAUGCUAUAGAGGUCACCCCUGUGGCCAACCCUAUGGCCCCUAUUGUUGUCACCCCAGUACCACCUCCACCGGUCUCCCCACCACCCACUCUUCCCCUCCCUCCACCCCCCAUCUUGUCUCUACCCCCUCGCCUACCUCCCCCUCCUCUACUGCCUCCACCCCUUCUCCCACUCUCUUCCUCACUCUCUCUCCCUCUGCCCCUGCCCAUCAUCCACACCACCCCACCCAGCCCUCACCAGUCCUGGGGCGCCAGCUCGGAUGCAGAGGUGUACUCUCGGAUCGGAGCGUUCAGACCAUCCAGGCUGUCCAGCCUCAGCCACUCACAGGUCAUCCUGUUUGAACAUUCCUCUCUCUGACAUCUUCUCUGGAAAUUCCACAUUAAGAGCAUUCCGCUUUGUGGCUGCUUCUAUCAGUUUUGUGAGAAUUCUAUAACCUAUUUUAAUGUUCUGAAUUUCAGAUUUGUGUGUGGGUGUUCUCCCUUGUGAUGAGUUCUUUGAGGAUCAUGAAAGGGAUUCUGUUGAGUUCACUGCUCUAUUAUCCACUCACUGUCGAGUGCAUAGGCUUUGAAAUGUCGUGUAGCUGAAUUGCAAAUGUCCAUUUUAUGGUCCUAUUAAAGUCACAAAGAAUUUAAAAUGGUUGCCCUGAUAAAAAAAAAAUCUAAUCUAAAA